UAUUUACGGCAAGUGACCCUCGAUUUAGGAGGGGAGGGGGUGUUGGGAGCCGUCACUGAACGUAACAUGAUAAGGAGGGCGCCACCGACGCAUACGCAGCAAAUUAAGAGCUCUGUCAGAGCGCUUAUAAGGAGGUUUAACGACGUCUCAGCGUGGGUUACCGAGCUGGUCCUGUCCCCAAAUACAGUCGAGGAUCGGAAGGUGGCACUAUCCUGUAUCCUCAGGGUAGCCUUGACCUGUUGGAACAUUGGGAACUUCAACAGCGCCAUGGAAAUCAUUGCUGCGUUGAAGUCAAACAAGCUGAAAGCCUUCCUGUGCAGCAUCAACACUGAAACCAUACCAAUUCUGGACUUCCUCUCGGCUGCGUUGCUGUCUGCGGAGUACGAGCGGGCCCUGGGGAGAGCGCUAGCUAUGCCAGAAUGCCGGCUCAUACCCUUCUUCGGUGCCUUUCUGAGAGAAUUGAGAGGGAUCCUGUCAUACAGUCCAGCCCUGACUUGUCACUCCAUGGCGUCCACCCCGACUCACAGGAGGGACUUCAAGAGAGAGUCCACUAAGGAAGACAGAGGAUCCCCAAAACACGACCCUCGGCGGGAGAGUGGCAAGCGAGUGGACCAAGGCACCACCACUAGUCCUUUACGGGACAGCUGUAAGAGAGACGCGAGAGCGAAUGAACCUUCUAGACAAGUGUACAUAGCCUCCUUUGACGAGCAAGGUGAACAGCCUCCGGGCUGGAGGCGGGUCGGACCCGAGGGUCUGGUGAACCUGCAGAAGGUGUACCGCACCCAGGCGGUGAUGGACCACAUAGCCAGCUUCCACCAGCACCAUUACGCUUUGUCUAGGACCAAUGUGCCAGCUUUUGGUGAUUAUUUGAGAACAGCAUUGCCCGCGUGCGAGGAGCCGGUCUUCGCCCACCCCACCCAGAAGACCAGCGGCUGUGACUUCGAGAACGAAGCCCUGUACGAGCUGGAAGGUGGGGGGUACUGUCCCGUCCAGCCGUUACCCCACGACCACGGAGUCACAAUGUUCCCGUUAGCCCCUCAAAACGGGGAACGGAUAGACAGACAUAUUUUACAGAUAAUGCAUCACGGCACAGCGUGUAUAGUGGGGGAGAUUGAGUGGGGAGCGACUCUGGUCCAGUUGAGACUGGAGAGAGCCUGCGGUCUGCUCUCGUGGUGCAGGACUGCGCAUAGACCUGAUGGACAUUUGGGUGAUAUGCCGUCGGAGAAUAUGCAGCAACCUGAAAUCGCCCUCUCAUAUAACCCUGAGGAGGUGAUACCCUUGAAGUACACCUCCAAUCUUCACGAACACGAAGCUGGCGUGGUGGGGGAAGAAGGUUUCAUCGACCUCCAAUGCGUUAAAGAUAUGAGAAUCGGCAGUCGUCUCCUCGACCCACGCGACCUCGCGGAGUUGACGAACAGCGCAAAGCGUCACGGCCUCGACUCCUGCGCACACGGGCCUCACAUCAUAUCUAUAGUCUAUGGCAAAACGCUCAGCGAUAACAGGACUGUGCAUUUUGUGUUACCAAGCUACAGUUAUAGGGUAUGGGCCGUAGGGCUCCACUCCGUCAUCAGGGCGCUGAUGAGUCAGAACAAGUUGGCUGACAGAAGCCUCGCUUGGUUGAAGAACAAAUACACAGCAUUGUAUUAUGAAGACGGAUGCUGUUGCGAGCCAUUGGUAUCUGAUGCUAUACGGGUAUUUGGAGGCAGAGAAUCGACAUGCGGCAGUUCAUCACACUCAACGCCGGUGAAGGGAGCGUAUUCAGACCACACAGAUUCUAUAAAGAGUACAGGAAUAAAAUUUAAGAAAAACAAGUCCACUUCUGAACUGAAGGCCAGUUCUCCGAAGAGUUACGGAUCCACCCACACUUCUGGCACCAGGAGUGAAGACGAGGUCGUGCUCGGCCUUUCUCCCAGACAUAGCUCCUACUCGGCCACGAUGAGCCACCACCACCCCUGUGCUCCGAGACACAGCAGCCUCACCGCUGCAGCCACCACCAUCAUGUCAGGAUCCCCCAACAGGAGUAGUUUGAGAAGACUGGAGACAAGUGAACGAUUUUGGGAGAACCUGAAGCAUUUGAGGACUGGCUCCGUCGGUUACGAAACCCAACUGGACUUCAUGGAUUUUGUCACGUUGUUCAGGAGUUUUAGCCUAGUCAUGCGUUCUGAACUACGAGACGUUUUUGAGCAGUUGGCUGUACCGAGGAACCGGACACCACUCCUGGGCGCGGAGAGGAGUAGGAGUUCCCCGGAACUGUUCAGACCAAGAGCAGGGUUUAGACCAAGCGGCCUACUGACGAGAAAUGGUUCCUUAGACCUGGAGCCACCGAUAGACAAACAAAACAGGAAGAAAGCAUUCGAUUUAUUGGCAGCCGCUGCUUUACCAGGUGCAUGUCAAGACGUGGGCGGACAAGUCUUAACAUUACCGACCCUUGGUAAAUUCUGCGAGACGAGACAGAAAGAACCGAAGACUGAAGCUCAGUUGAAGGAUAUCAUACAGAGGCACGAACCGGAUCCCGCUCUUCGCGUUGAGAACUGCAUGUCAUUUGAGGGCUUCGUCAGAUUUCUCAUGGAUAAGGACAAUUACGCGUUUGUGCCGGAGCAAAGGCGAGCUAAUUACUAUAACAACAAGUCCAAACUGGUGGAAGACGAAACAUCGUUGUCCAAGGAUAUGGGCGGUCCGCUCAGUCAGUAUUACAUCGCAAGCAGUCACAACACUUAUCUGACUGGGCACCAGUUGAAGGGCGAGUCGUCGGUCGAGUUGUACAGUCAGGUUCUGCUGACGGGAUGCCGCUGUGUGGAGCUGGAUUGCUGGGACGGAGACGAUGGCAGCCCAGUCAUAUAUCACGGCCACACGUUCACCACGAAGAUACCUUUUCGGAGAGUCGUGGAGACUAUAGCGAGGAGUGCCUUCGUGACAUCACCGUACCCCCUGAUCCUCAGCAUUGAGAACCAUUGCAGUCUACCGCAGCAACAGGUCAUGGCGAGCACUUUUGAGGCAGUAUUCGGAGAUAAGCUGGUGACGUCAUUCCUGUUCGAGGUAGACUACACUGACGAGCCCAGGCUGCCGAGCCCGGAACAAUUGAAAUACAAGGUGCUUAUAAAGAACAAGAAGAUACCCCCCAUAGAAUCUAGUCCAACUAUUGGCCUGACCGGGGCCAGUUCCGCCCAGGGUUAUGGCGGAGUUCUUGCUACUGCGUUCCGCUCAAACGGCAUCCGUCACACGAGCACCUCCCUCCAGGACCAGGGUAACCGCACCAGCUCCAUCAUGUCAAACCAGUCUGCGGGCAGUUCUGCCACGGAGUACUUCUCUGAUGAAGACUAUGAUGAGGAUGAUGAGGAACUCGAUGAAAAAGAGCUUAACAAAAUCCUCAAGUCAAUUGACGAGAAAUGCGGUCGCACCUCUCUUUCUAUCUACCAGAGCUUCAGGAGGAGUGAGGGAGACGGCGAGACGUCAGGCUCUGUCAAACACACAACAAAUAGGAAACGUAGUAAUCAAAUAGCCAAGGAGUUAAGCGAUAUGGUCACUUAUGUACAGGCGAUAAAGUUCCGCGGUCUCAACCCGUUGUCACCGAGAAGCUCAAUAAAGCAGCCGGCUGCGAGCGGGAGCACCAAGGAUAGUGCCAGCGCUCCCAGCAGCAGCUUCGAGUCUUCGGAGAGCAGUGAUAGCACCAACACACAAAUGGCGCAGCAGUCCCAACAGUCCCAGUCGUCCAGCUCGAGAGGGCGAUGUCUCAACGCCCCAGCGGCUCACCACCCAUGCUACAGAUGCUCCUCCGUCAACGAGGCGAUCGGAAAGAAGAUCUGUAGGAAACACCCCACGGCUUUAGUGGCUCAUACUGAGACGCAACUCGUCAGGACUUACCCAGCCAGCCUACGCAUAGACUCCUCGAACUUCGAUCCUGUGACCUUCUGGUCGUGCGGCGUUCAACUUGUGGCCUUGAACUACCAGACAGAGGACGCCGCUAUGGCUAUCAACGCCGCCAUGUUUGAGAGCAACGGAUGCGUUGGAUAUGUGAAAAAGCCCAAGGUCAUGUGGGACCCUGGACAUAUAGCUUACAGGAGGUUUAAUCCAAUGGACAAAGAGUUCGACGGCAUCCACGCGUCUCAUCUCCACCUGGCAGUGAUAUCUGGACAAUACGUGGCAGAAAACGUCUACUCGUUCUACAAUGCGUUCGUGGAAGUGGAGAUUUUGGGCGUGCCAGCUGACUGCAGGAAGGUCAAGACCCAGAUUGCGAGAAGAAACGCUCUGAACCCCGUGUGGAGGGAAUCCUUCAAUUUCAAAAUCAAUUUCCCCGAGCUAGCGUUCGUCCGGUUUGAGAUAUACGAUGCUGACACUAACUACAUGCUGUCACAACGUGUCAUACCGCUGCAGUGUCUGAGGCCAGGGUACAGACACGUGAGGUUACGCUCACCAACAAACCAACCUCUCAACAUGGCGUCUCUUCUCAUCUUCUCCCGAUGCUCGGAAGAGUUGGCUGGUGAGAGUACGAGAGUCGACACGGAACUGAGUUCCCCCCACGACAGGAGGAAGAUACAUUUCCUCGUGGUGUACGCCGUGGCGAGAAACGAGGCGUAUUCUAUACUGAAGGUCACCCAAGACACCACUGCUAAUGAGGCCAUAGCGCAAUGCCUGACAAAAUCCGGCGUGAACCGCUCAGCGCGAGGGAAUUACGUGCUAGUCGAGGAGCUUCCGUCGCGAACUCCUGCGCAACGAGUCCUGGCUCCCCACGAGAGGGUGCUGAGAUGUGCUACAGCUAAACCCGAGGCCAGACUGCUGCUGAAACGGGUGGGUGACGACCCCAGCAGCAGGGCUUGGUUGACUAACAUCAGGUCUACUUCCACGGACAAGGGGAAGGACAAAUCCCUGCCGUCUGACGAGGAGUCCGUCACCCAGGAGGAGGAGCCCCGGAGGCCGGAGAACUUCCUCGUGUGCGUUUACAACGUGUCUCCAGAGAUACCUUACGCUAUAUUGAAGGUACCCUUCACGGCCACCGCUUCCUACGUGGUGUACCAAGCUCUGACUAAGGCGAGGUGUCACGAUAAUCCGAAAAGCUUCGUCUUAGUCGAAGACUUAACGAGUUUCGACGGCCGAUCACGGAUGAGGGCAUUGGCUGAUGAUGAAGUGGUAUACAAUGCUCAGGCCGGCUGGAAAGCGAUAGGUCGCUUCGUUCUCCAAGAGAAAGGCGCCACGGCCCCCAUUCCCCGCCAUAGAGCCGCCAUAGCCAGGAUUCAAAGGGGGUUAAGUAUGACGCGGGGUGCUAUUACUGGCGGCACAGGAUUCCCACUAGGAGGUUUCUCGUCAGACACCCCAGUGACAGACGGAAAGUCUCCGGUACAGGCAGCGUUCAGUGACCCCACACAUUGCAGGCGUCUUUCGUCCACUCCCCUGGGCAAAGGCAUCGCCCGUGCUAAAGGUCACUCAGACAAGGACAUCAGGUCCUUCAUGCAGAGACGCACGGGGUCCAGGGAGGUUCAUUCAGAAGGCGAGACCGGUGGGUCGCUGGGCGCUGAGGCGCUGGCGGCUCAGGUGGCCAGGUUCAAGAGGGUGUCCCUCAGGAAACUGAGGGCGUUAAGGUCCUGAGUGUUGCAGUUGUUCCGCCGGCUGGGGUCUCGCCUGGCCACACAUCGUGCCUCGCUCUCCUCGGAGCUGGGAUCGCUGUGGGACUUCAUCCACAGGGACAGGCGCCGGUCCGCGCCAGCUGGUACCUACGAACCCAUACACCCAGACACCAAAUCUCCAAUCAGAUUGGCCAGGGAUCUGUUACAAGUUGUCCAAGAAACAGUUUUGAGAAGAUUCGAUGAUACACCCAAGAGAUGUCCACUUGUGAAAGAAGAAUCGGAUUUGACUGAUGAUGAAGAAUACGAAAAUGAAAGGAGAAUAGCUAACUUGAUAGACUUCUUCUUUACUAUUGUCAAAAGUCAGAAGGAAGAACGUAAAGGGAGUGGAGGCAGCUGUUUCAAAAGUGAAUCAAGUCCAACAGAUAAUAAAUUAGACACAUACGUGCCCGCUAAAGUUAAUACAGAAUUAGAACAAAAAAUGGAGACGUUAAUUGAAUUUUUAGCAUCAACUGGUUGUAUGGACAAAGAGGAAGAUGUUAGUAAUAAAGAAGAUAAGAAAAUUACGUUAAUGGAAUUCCUGUUUGGACCUGAAGACAGGAAAUGG